AUGAUACAAUACUUUUACCUCCUGGACUACCGACAAUCGCUUUACACAGACAGCCUCUUACCAUCGCCAGAGCUAGAGCCAAGCGAGGCUGAAAGCAUCACUUGUCUCCUUCUACACGCCAAGGUGUAUACAAUCGCAGAAAAAUAUGCUGUUGAUGGCUUCAAGGACCUCUCCAUAGCCAAAUUCAAGGCUGCUGCUGCACAGGUUUGGGGGCCGAACGAUUUUUUACAUGCGGCUACCGAGGCCUAUACCUCCACCAUCGAUACUGAUCGGGGUUUCCGGGACGCUGUCCUCGAGGCAUUCGCGGUGCAUGAGGACCUGUCAGAUGAUGAUGAAGCCAAGACAUCCAUCCAGAGCCUAGGCUCACUUCCCUAUGAUCUUCUUCUGUACUUACAUCGGGAAGGAAAAUUCCAGUGUUAG